AUGGGUGAGAGCUUGGUAGAACAGCGUCAAGCGGACGAUAAGGCGUCGUGGGACGCCUACUGGAAAGUUCGUGACGUCGACUCGCGAGGAUCCAUCUACCCGCGUUUCCGCUACUACGCCCACAAAGCUUUCGACGCCCCGGCCACCUGGUUUCGAGGUUUGAAACAUUCAUCUCCGGCUGAAACCACAUAAAAAAGGUUGCAGAGAAGGUUGUGGAGCCGCUGAACAACCGUAACCGUCUGCCCUACUACCACCGUCAACUGACGCGCGUGCCAGAAAUUGACGAGUGCGGAGUGAACGACAAGGCUUGCUUUUACGAGGCGAACGAGCAGUACCGUCUCGACAAAAUGGUCGACGGCUUCAUUCUCCAAACGCUUCGCCAACGCGUCGAUCGGUGUAUGCUCUACAAUAAUCCGGACCAUUCGCCGUGCGCCAAGGUCAUCGAGGAUAUGGAGGAGAACGAGCUGAACUUCUUCGUCAAGUACGGCGAGCUCGGAGGAGAGUCGGACGUGCGCGACGCCUACAUGAAGCAGAAGCACCGAACGAUCUGGGAGCGUCGUCAUCCGGAGAUCAUGGAGGAGCGCGCCGCGAAGCUCGCCGAGCACAAGGAAAAGUUGGCGAGCGGCGAGUUCGACUACUCGUUCUGGAAGAAGGGAAUGUUCUACCAGGACAAGAAGAGCUACGAGCCGCCAUACGAGUUCUACAUGAGCAAGUCGCCGCUCGAGGGUGACAAGCCGCUCUCCAAGGAUUGGCAGUACUACAAGAAGGUAAAAAUAAGUCAAAAAUGGUUAUAUAAUGCUUGUUUUGCAGGUUGCCGAAGAUCCAGAGUUCGACAAGGACCAGGGCAAAAAAUCGGACUUCCGUCUCUUCUAA